UUUUCUAGUGUCAUCCACAAACUCACAAGUCACAAACCAUUUCCUCCAUUGUGAGAGUUUGUGUGUGUCUUCUCUUCUUGUGUGUGUAAAGCUUAGUAUUCAAUUACACACACACUUAAGGGAGUUAGAUAUGGCUGAUACAUGUGAAAAAAUGAGCAAGGGGCUACGUAAAAUUAAGCCUUAUCUUGCUAUGGUGUCCCUUCAAUUUGGCUAUGCAGGAAUGUACAUCAUCACUAUGGUUUCAUUCAAGCAUGGCAUGAGUCAUUGGGUACUCUCUGUGUACCGUCAUGUUAUUGCUACUAUCUUCAUGGCCCCUUUUGCCCUUGUCCUUGAAAGAAAAAUUAGGCCAAAGAUGACACUCCCUAUCUUUUUGAGGCUAGCGGUUCUUGGUUUCCUUGAGCCAGUGCUUGAUCAAAAUUUGUACAACUUGGGAAUGAAGAACACCUCAACAACGUUUGCAUCUGCCACUGUUAACAUUCUGCCAGCAAUUACUUUUAUAAUGGCAAUCAUUUUCAGGUUAGAAACAGUUAACUUGAAAAAAAUUCACAGCAUAGCAAAGAUAGUUGGAACAGUAGUAACUGUAUCAGGAGCAAUGGUUAUGACAUUGUACAAAGGUCCUGCCUUUCAGAUCAUUAAGGGACAAUCAUCAAACCAACAUGAAAGUGGAACCACUGAGCCAACUGAACAAAACUUUGUGCUUGGCACUAUAAUGCUCAUUUCUAGUUGUGGUGGUUGGGCUAGUUUCUUUAUCUUACAAUCUUUUACCCUAAAGAUGUACCCAGCAGAGCUCUCAAUGACAGCUUGGAUUUGCUUUUUGGGUAUCUUUGAAGGUGGAAUUGCAACUCUUAUAUUUGAACGUGACUUCAGUGUUUGGGCCAUAGGUUUUGACUCUAGGCUUCUUGCAUGUGUUUACUCUGGUAUUGUGUGCUCUGGAAUGGCUUACUAUGUACAAGGAGUUGUGACAAGAGAACGUGGCCCUGUGUUUGUUACUUCUUUCAGUCCUUUAUGUAUGAUUAUCACUGCUGCAUUGGGUUCCAUUGUCUUGGCUGAGCAAACACAUUUGGGAAGUAUAAUUGGAGCUAUUAUCAUUGUGUGUGGACUUUACACUGUGGUAUGGGGGAAAAGCAAAGACAGUGUGAAUACAAUUGAUGCACCAAAAAGUGAGGGACAAGAAUUGCCAAUUAAGGAUGGUACAAGAACAGGGUCAGACAUUUUUGAAAGUAUUGAGGUCAAUGUUCCUAAAGACAUGAAGGUUGCUGGAAUGAAUGUCAAACCAUGAGAGCAAGAUCAUAGUACCUUUAGACUUAACAUCAUCACCAAUUUUCCUACUUAAAUGAAAUCAAGAGAGAUUUUGUGCACUUGUACUAAUCUUUCCCAAUGCCCUUAGGGAUGCAUUUUCAUAUAUUUUUGCUUUUCUUUUUUGUUUAACUUUACUUCUAUGUUUCUGAAACUAAGAGUAUAAAUAAAGUAAUGUUUUUCUCCCUA